AAUUGGGUAUGGAUUGCAACACGACAUCGGCCGUUUUCCGAAUCCAUAACCGGCUUUUCGCCGAUAUCAUUCCCAUCUCAUCCGGAGAUAAGUCGAUUACAAAUUGUUUAAUUGAGAAACUGUUUCAUAAUUCUUCGUUACACGUCACACACCAGCAAAAGAAAAACCAAAAACUCUCCUAGUAUGUCACUCGAAGAGGAAACAUUCCGGGCAUACACCCAAGCCCAAGGCAGCAAUUACGCUGUAGGGCGACCCGGGUAUUCCCCAAAGCUGUACGAAAUUAUUAUCGGUCAUCAUACCUCCACAGGUGGGCAGCUCGACACCGUCAUUGAUGUCGGCUGCGGAACUGGCCAAGCAUCUCUAGACUUGGCCACCUACUUUACUCAUACUAUUGGCCUAGAUCCAUCAGAGGGUAUGAUCAGCGCCGCCCGCGCCUCUGCUAAGUCAGCGAACUUUCCAAUACGUUUUGAGGUAUCCGAUGCUGAAGCACUUGGCGUUGAUCUUAAGCCACCCAUCGCCGAUGUCAGCGUUGACCUACUCACAGCAGCUACGGCAGCCCACUGGUUCGAUAUGGCACGCUUUUGGACAAGCGCGGCACGUGUGUUGAAGCCCGGCGGUACCGUCGCUCUUUGGGCGAGGACUGGAAUGGCCGUGGACCCCAUUAGGACGCUAAAUGGUGUUGCAGUCAAAGCCGUGGUAGAUGAGAUAUUCACUAAUGAGCUGCAAACUUUCUCCAAGCUUGGUAGUAAAUUAACACGUGAUCUCUAUGUUGAUCUACCGCUGCCUUGGACCCUUAAUCCUCCCGUUGAAGGAUUCGAUCAAGGGAGCUUCUUCCGGAAAGAAUGGAACAAGUACCGAGAUGGUAGAAAUAACAACGAUCUUGGCACGGGAACGAUAGUCACGACUGAAGAGUUUGAAAAUUUAAUAGGUACAAAUAGCACGGUGACUAGAUGGAGAGAAGCACACCCUGACAAAGUUGGCACAGAAGAAGACAUAGGAAGGAAGAUGAGAAAGCGAAUAGAGAGCCUCUUACACGAAGCGGGUGUGGAGCCUGAUGAAGAGGUCCUAACGGGGCAAGUGGCAAUCGUACUGCUAAUGGUGAAAAAAGAUGUAGCAUAGAAGUAGCAGCCGAAAUGGUAUGAAAGCUACAGUGUACAGUAUUGUUGCGUAGAUUGUGACAUGCAUACGUGUUUCGAGAGCCUUAAACUAUGAAAGGUCGAAGUACUAGGUAUGCUCGUGGUUCCCUACUAACAAUCUUAUAUCCCCUGUAAAGCCAAUGACUAUAGGUACGCGCCUUAUUUAUGAAGCACUCAAUUCUGAAUGGAAUUCCAUAGAACAUCGACCUUUUGUAUGGAUGAGUCCACGCGGCGGUACGCAGAUGAUCAAGUUUCCGGCUGGGGGAAUAGCUCCUAUUUCUCCACCCCAAGACGACCGCCCUUGUUCCUGUAACCUACCUACCUAG